AUGGCCAGAGCGGCGCCUACAGCGCAGAUUGAGCAGGUGUCCAUCGCCAAGUUUCGGACUGGCUCGGCAGCCGAGCGCGAUGCCCAGGUGGCGGCUUUGCGCAGGGCCUUUGCCCGGCAAGGAAUGGUUUCUCUGGUUGACACAGGGGUUGCUCAGGAGACCAUCGAUGAAACCAUCGCGAAGAGCAGAGAUUUCUUUGCUCUCCCCCAGGCCAGGAAGGAGCACUUUGGUAGCCCUCCUGGAUAUCCACCUCGGUCCUUUGGAGCCAUCACAUCGCCCCGUGGUAAGCAUUACCAUCUCCAGCAGCAGGACGAAGAAGGCAACAUCCUGAAUGAGUGGCUCCAGACGCGGAACACCUCGGUGCAGGUGGACUGGUCUGACCCUUACUACUCGUGCCCAGAAGGCCAAGAGCUCUACAGCUCGGAAGCCAAGCAUCCAGAGCAGCAGGUAUGGCCCGAAGAAGUGUCCGGGCUGCAAGAUGCCAUUGCUACGUACUAUGGAGCCAUGGAGGAGCUCUCCAAGGUCAUGUACGAGCUUUUUGCUGUUGCCUUGGAGCUUGAGCCAAACUUCUUCCUGAAGCUAGCUCAGCGUGCGCCCAUUUGGCCGGUAACUAUCGCCCACUACCCUCCGCAAACACGCACGCCGUCUGAAGAUCGAGCUCGCAUCCAGCCACAUUGGGAUCGAACCUUGUUCGCCAUGAUUACCACCAGUGAUGUGGGUGAUGAAGAAUCCGGUGGUGGUCUCCAGAUCUUGGUGGAUUCAGAAACUGGAGAGGGCGUUGAUGGGCGCGCAAAGCUUGAGGGGCGCUCGGUAGAAUGGCAAAAUGUAGUCCGCCCAGCAGGAGCUUAUGUUGUGAAUGUCGGGGAGAUGAUGAGUCGAUGGUCAAACGGUCGUAUGAGGCAUGUCGUGCACCGCGUCGCCAAUCCUGUGGUAAAUCACACAGAUCCUGGAAGAGUUUCUCUCAUGGCUUAUGUGUUGACGGACUAUGAUGCGGUAGUCGAGUGCUUGCACUGCACGGCUGACGGGUCUGAGCCCAUGUACGAACCGACAUGGGUCGGGGAAAUGAUGAAUUGGGGAAGCAAGCUUUCAAUUUAUAAUCACACCAAGCAGGAGAUGAUGCGUCAAGCGCAAGGCCUCUACCUUGCAAAUGGCACUCAAACAGCUCUUGGUGAACCAACUGACGUCAAAUCAGUGGAGGCGUCCAUGAUGCGGUGCCAAAAGGACGAUUCAAGCUCCUGCGGCCUAACAGCGUCCAGCUAG